GGAGGGGAAGUGAGGCCUGAGGGGCAGCGCAGGAAUGAAGGAAAGGGGAAGUCUGGGAGCCAGGCCUGGGGGAGCCUGGUGGGGAGGACAGCAGGAGCCGCCCAGUCCUGAGAGCUGAGAGCUGGUCUUCUCCCUCCGGCCUCCAGCGUCUCCGAGCUAUGAGCCAAGCCAGGGAUUUACAGGGAGGAAAAGCUUUUGGGCUGCUGAAGGCCCAGCAGGAAGAGAGGCUGGAGGAGAUCAACAAGCAAUUCCUGGAUGAUCCCAAAUACAGCACUGACGAGGACCUGCCCUCCCAGCUGGGAGCCUUCAAGAGGAAAUACAUGGAGUUCGACCUGAACGGGAACGGGGACAUUGAUAUCAUGUCUCUGAAGAGGAUGAUGGAGAAACUCGGGGUCCCCAAGACCCACCUAGAGCUAAAGAAAUUAAUUGGAGAGGUCUCCAGUGGCUCUGGGGAGACGUUCAGUUACCCUGACUUUCUCAGAAUGAUGUUGGGGAAGAGAUCCGCCAUCCUAAAGACGAUCCUGAUGUAUGAGGAGAAAGCAAGAGAACUGGAGAAGCCAACCAGACCCCCCGCCAAGAAAGCUAUCUCUGAGUUGCCCUAACUGCAGAAUAAGUGUGCGUGUGUGCGUGUGUGUGUGUGUGUGUGUGUGUGUGUGUGAGAGAGAGAGCGGGA